AGACUGCCAAUUGAGCAGUAAAUGUAACAAACCCCAGACAGCUGAUGUCUGUCAAGCCUGGAGCCUGGAAUCUCGCGAUACGAGGAGCCGGUUGGAGCUGCGAGAUCUGGGGCUCAGGUGUAAGAAAGCAUCUCAUCCCAGCAAUAGGAUAGAGCCAAACAGAUAAGUGAGACCGAGAGGCUGGAGGGAGGCACACUGUGCGGCCAUCACAAGCUUUAACAGCAGCAGCUGCAGCAGCAGCAGCAGCAGCACACAGAGAACAGGACCUGCAGCCUCCCCAUCACCAGUACCAGGGCCACUUUAUUCCUCUCACUUCAAGGAGUGCUUCUGGAUUCCAUGCAAUUCUUUCAAGAUGAUGUCCAUGAACAGCAAGCAGCCUCACUUUGCCAUGCACCCGAGCUUACCUGAGCACAAAUACACCUCCCUGCACUCCAGUUCGGAAGCAAUAAGGAGAGCAUGCCUGCCAACUCCACCGGUAAGACCUCACAUGAUGGGGAUUCGAUUCGGUUCAUUUUGUAUUAGACAUAUUGGAAGUUGCUUCCACUUUCCCCUUGUUUUCUGACUUUCCCUGACCUUUCCCCUUUUCCUGUUCGUGUCACAUCGCCUAUGUAUAAAUAUAUAUAUUUCUGUUUGUGUAUUAAUAAACCUAUACUGGAAGGCACAUGUGGAAAAAACACCCUUAAUGAUUUUUAUUUAUUCUUUUGCUGUAGUCAGCAGACCUCAUGUGAGCCUCUUCCCCCCCCCCCGCCCCCCAUACCUCACAGGCUAAUGUCUCCAGCUCCAUACUCUUUCUAUGGUUUUCUUUUGGGGUGGGUUUUGUAUUUGUUUUUAGAUUCGGCCUAAACAAUAAAAACAUUUCCCCCAGCUUUUUACUACCGCCGAACUCCAUGUGAGAGCCAGCACAAGCAGCCCGUGUAUCCGCUUUUGUGUAAUGUGACAUUGUUUGUACUUUUUCCGGUGAUAUUGAUACAAUGUCUCCAACGUUCUAUCCUCUGGAACGCUUCCAUUCUAACCCCCUGUCUCUUAUCCCUUCCAUCCGGCAGCUGCAGAGCAACAUCUUCGCCAGCCUGGACGAGACCCUCCUGGCCAGGGCAGAAGCUCUAGCCGCGGUGGAUAUGGCCGUGUCCCAGGGCAAGAGUCAUCCUUUCAAGCCAGAUGCCACCUACCACACGAUGAGCAGCGUGCAAUGCUCUUCCAACUCUACCGUGCCACUAGCUCACCACCAUCAUCACCAUCACCACCAUCACCACCAGGGUCUGGAAGCCGGGGACCUCUUGGAUCAUGUCUCGUCCCCGUCUCUGGCGCUCAUGAGCAGCACAGGACAUGAUGGAGUCGGGGGUGGUGGAGGCAGUGGAGGGGGAGGCGGUGGCGGAGGUGGUGGAGGAGGCUUGAUCUCCACCUCAGCCCAUCCACAUAGCCACAUGCAUGGCCUGAGCCACCUCUCCCACCAGGCGGCCAUGAACAUGACCUCUGCUCUUCAGCACCCUGGCUUAGUUGCUCACCAUGGACCCGGGGGGCAGGUGGGCUCAGCGGUGGGGGCAGCAGGCUUAGCCUCAAUAUGCGACUCGGAAACCGACCCCCGGGAGCUGGAAGCCUUUGCUGAGAGGUUCAAGCAGAGAAGGAUCAAACUCGGGGUGACUCAGGCGGACGUAGGGUCGGCCUUGGCCAACCUAAAGAUUCCUGGGGUGGGUUCCCUCAGCCAAAGCACUAUAUGCAGAUUUGAAUCCCUCACCCUGUCCCACAACAACAUGAUAGCCCUCAAGCCCAUCUUACAAGCGUGGUUGGAGGAGGCAGAGGGGGCCCAGAGGGAAAAAAUGAACAAACCAGAACUAUUCAAUGGGGGGGAAAAGAAGCGCAAGAGGACUUCAAUUGCUGCUCCAGAGAAGAGGUCCCUGGAAGCUUAUUUCGCUGUCCAGCCCAGACCUUCCUCAGAGAAGAUAGCGGCCAUAGCUGAGAAACUGGACCUCAAAAAGAACGUAGUGCGAGUGUGGUUCUGUAACCAGAGACAGAAACAGAAAAGAAUGAAAUUUUCUGCAAAUUACUAGCCCCCAAUGUCACCCCUACCGUAAUGUUACAAUGUAUUUAUUUAUGUAUUUAUUUAUUCCUUGAUUUAUUUUUUUCUGUUACUUUGUCUGUCUGUUGGAAGGAGAUGACUCUAGUUAAACUUUAGUUGAUCUCCAUUAGAGUGGAAAAUUAAAACCUAAAAUAUUAUUAUUAUUAAUGAUAAUUUUAAAAAAAUUCUAAAAUAAUAUAUUUAUUGCCGGG